AUGGAGGACGGCAAGAGAAAUAUAAGUGGUGCUCUGCCCAAGGAAGCCUCUGACAAGUUUCACGCAAUUCACCAAGAACUUAAUACAUGGUUUGAUAUAAGUUCUUGCAAGUUUGAGCCAACUUCAGCUCCGGAUCAGGCUCAAGAAUUUUCCAACAACUUGUCUUCUUCAGACAACAUUAUGCAGCAGAUCUCUGACACAUCGUUUGAGUGUAAAGAUUUGCAAACAAAGCUGAGUGGCGACUUGGUGAUCAUCCUCGCCCAGUUUGUUGAUAGAGUUCUGAGUUUUAUAGCAAAGAAUGGAAAGGCAGGUUAUAAAUCUGUCAUUCCUGAUGCUCCUGGUGCUGAAUCUCAUCUUCCAACGAAAUCGCUGGCUGCAAAGGUUGGAGUAUUGGUUAACGAGUAUGUUGAAGCCAUGGGAAAGGAUAAUCUCAAGCAGGGGCUUAUAGCUGCGAUGCACAUUGCAGGGGAAGGGAACUUAUACGUAUUUGAACAGCUAAAUUUUCCACCAUGUUUCGACCUCUCCAGUCUAGUAGAAACACCUUGGAAGCUUCUGCCUCCAAGCCACAGGAUAGGCAUCCCUCAACCAUGGUACAAGUAUUUGAAUGCUGAACAAGUAGUGCAACAGUCCCAGGAAAAGAUGGCUGAGAGACGUGCUAGGAGGGCGUCUCGUAAACGUGCUAAGAAGGAUGCAGCUAAGGCUCGUGCACGGGCAAAUCUGGUGGUGGACCAACAGUCCCAGGAAACGAUGGCUGAGAGACGUUCUGGGAGGGCGUCUCGUAGGCGUGCUAAGAGGGAUGCAGCUAAGACUCGUGCAGGGGCAAAUAUGGUGGACCAACGGUGGCCAUCAGUUAGCUCUCUCAUGUCUGGCGAAGCAAGCGGCAGCGCUGGAACAGAUUUGCGCUUCCUUGUGAGUCGUCGAAAGAUGCGUGCAGAUCGUCUUGCUGAGGAGAGCGCACAGAUUACUGAAGAGAGUGAACUGAAUGAGCAAAUGGAUCGACUGAGGCUUACGUCUCUUAUAGCUCUCACGGAGAAUUCUUACGGAGCAACCGAGACGCCUCCUGUGGAAGGAUGUGCCCAAGCACCAGCAAAUCUGGUGGACCAACGGUUGGAAUCAAGUGAGGGCAUGUAG